AGCUGUUGGACAGUCGUGAGAGCAGACCUCAGACAUGAAGACCCUGUUCCUGAUCUUCGGCCUGGGCCUCCUUGCUGUCCUGCAGGUGCAGGGCCUUCCGGUUGUGGAGGAAGAAGAGCAAGAGGACUUAGGGACGUGGUAUUUGAAGGCCGUCAUAUUCGACAAGGAGAUUCCUGGGGGAAGGCAAGGGUCUGUGUCUGUGACCCCCAUGGCCAUUAAGAUCCUGGAUGGGGGCAACCUGAAAAUCCAGUUCACGUUCAGGGUUGCGGAUCAGUGCCACGGCGUGAGCGUGACCCUGCAGGAAACUGAGGAACCCGGGAAAUACACCGCCUAUGGUGGCAAGUAUGUGGUACAAAUCAUUAAGUCGGGCGUGGAGGGCCACUACAUCCUCUAUGGCGUGACUGAUCUGCACGGACAUCAGAUCCGAACGGCUAAACUUGUGGGCACUGACCCUGACUUCAACCAGGAAGCCCUGGAGGACUUUGAGAAUGUCACAGGAGCCAGAGGUCUCAACACAGAGAACAUAGUCAUUCCCAAACAAAGAGAAACCUGCUCUCCGGGAGGUGAUUAGGGUAAGAGCAGGCAGCCUCACUGUGAUUUGGUGGAUGGAGCCCCAAGAGCCAGCAUCUCUCUUCUUUUCUCCCUUCCUGGCCCCGUGAACACUCCUCCUCUUCCUGGUCUCAAGGCCCAUGGUGUGGCAGCAGACCCAGUGUCUUAUCCUAGGGGACAUAGAACCAGCCCCCUCCACUAUCUGCCUCUUCCCUCCCC